CAGGCGCUGGGGUGCUACGGGAGCCUCUGACGGUCGUAACUCCUCCGUGCCGUCAUUCUGCUCCGCUUCUCAGGUCUUCCCGUGCUGGCUGCACCCUAAAACCCCGGCUUCUGCCCCAAACUGGUCCUGGCCCCAGCCCCAUGAGCAGUGGCUGUAAAGCCUACCGCUGCGCAGUCCCUGGACCUUUAGGUGACUUUGGAGCCUUAACGGCUCCCAAGCCGCCUUGCGCCCGUUGCCAUGGCGACUGGGCGAGCGGCCGGAAGCGAGGCCUAGUUACGGCCCCCCUGCCCGGUUCCGGGUAGCCGCGCCGCGCCCCAGGCCAGGCAAUGAUUUUAGGGAAGAACCGUUGGCCGAUGACUAAGCUUUCACUGUUGUUCUACACUCUGACAUAAUGGGACCAGGCAGGCCAGCCUCAGCCUGCGUUCAUCCAGCAUCUAGUGUCCAACUGGAUGGGAGGAGUGACCCCGGGAAACUUCAGACCCAGAACCAGCUGCAGUUUAAUAAGAAUGUUCCUACACAUUCAAGCAACUUGGCAAUCCGCUAUUCUUGCCCACAUGGAAUUAGAAUUGAAAAACUGAAACACUCAUACAAUGAGUCAUACCAUCGUGGAGAUUUGGGUUUUAGAGAUGGUCCUGACCUAAGCAGUUCUGUUUCAUUUUCUGUCAUAUCAGAAGAGAGACUUAGCUAUGCUGUCCACCUAGCCAAAAGAGAUGUGAAACGAAGACAAUUUGAAGAACAUAUAAAAGAACAUCAUCUUAGAAGUCAGCCCCAGAUCUCUCAGAAAUGUGGACACUCUAAGCAUAAAAUAUCUGACCAUAGGGUGGAAAGGAAGGAAUCAGAGAGUCGGGAAGUCCGUCAUGGCAGCCACCAGCCGUCCAAGGUAGAAAUUUCCAGCUCAGGUGCCAAGGUAUACCUGUACACAUCUCAUCCAGGACAGUCAGAUCUUGCCAUGCCAAAUUCGCCACCCACUCACGAUCCAGGACUUCAGCCACAUGCCAGGAUAGGUGACCACAAAAGCCGGUGCGAACACAAAAGCCUGCUGGAAGUUCAGCGACUCCAGAAAGAAUUGAGCAGUUGUAUCCAUAAAAUUGAAGAAGUAACUAAAAAAGAUCGCAUGCAAGAAGCUUUGGAUCCAGAUGAAGAGCAGAGGAUCCGGGUCAGGAGGCAGGAGCAAGCUGUUCGUUCUGCCCAAAUGCUCUACGUCCUCCAGCAGCAGGUUAAAGAAAUCCAGGAAGAAUUGGAUAAACUGAGUCCGCAUAAAAUUAAACACACUAAGAAGUCAUGGGCAGCGUCCAGGCUGGCAGCUGCCCAUCGAGGAGCCGUCCGGGCCUUACAGAUGUUUGUCACUCAGUUUACUGACCGAGGGGAGCACCCAGUUCCUACUCAGUGCAGGGAACUGGGCAGUCUUAUUCGCCAGCUUUCACUCUGUUCCGCCAAGCUGGAGGCUGACUCUUCUGUUCCAGAUGUGGUUAUAGAUAUCCUGCAACAAAUUGAGGCUUUGGAAUCCCUCCUGGAAAAGAAACUGUCACCAAAAAAGGCAAAGAAAUGUUUCAGUGAAGUUCGGAGCAGAUUUCCUAUCAGUAGCCAAAGGGCCUUGGAGAGAUGGCAAAGUACAUCUCCAAAGAGUGAGAGGAGGCCCUUCAUAGCAAAGGAGGUACUUCCCCAGGAAACAGGACAACCUUCAGUGGCAAAGAAGCUUCUUGCUGAUAAGUAUCAACCUGAUACGGAGCUUACAGUGACCCAGAGGUUGGAGAAUGAGCUUGAUGUAUUAGAUGCGGAUAUCCUUCCGGAAGAAGCGCCGUCUAUUGUAGACCAAAAUGCAAGCUUCAAAGGAGAGGCAUUAGCCCUGGCAAAAACAAGAGCGGUGAAAAAGAAGCUUGUGACUGAGAAUGCGCCUUUUAGGAAGAAAGAUACUCUGGCACCGGCCAGACUACAGCAAGGACUCCACAAAUCUGAAAAAAAUAGACCAGCCCAAGCUCACAGCAAAAGCAGGUUGCAACAGACAACAGUCUCAUCCAGAUUAAAAAUGAACCAGCAGCCUAUGAAAGAUCAUAGGGCUCCUUGGAUACCUCCGAACCCCACAUCCCCACCAGCAUCUCCUAAAUGUGCUGCCUGGCUAAAGGUGAAAUCUAGCCCCAAAGACGCCACUAAAGAACAGUCUCUCCAGCAAGAAGAGACUCAGGAGAGUCAGUUGAGAGGUGCCGUUGAGCACGAAGCCGUGAGACUCGCUUGGCUCGAUGCGGAAACUUCCAAAAGAUUGAAGGAAUUAGAAGAAUUAAAAGCUGAAGAAGUGGACAAAAUGCAAAACCAGAGUGUUUCUGCCACCCAGUUAGCGGACAAGGUAGAGAAGGCAGUUCUGGAACGUUUGAAGCCUCUUCUGGUCAAGGCCCAGAGAGUCAAUUCUUCUCUGGAAGCAGAUACUCGCUUGAAGGAUCGGCCAUCAGGAAGCACGGUGCCAGCCCAGCCGGCCGAGGAGGUGACAGAUGCCGAUGGUGGUUCUAACAACCUUUGUCAGCUGGAUGGUUUUUUGGAAGACACCGCUCAUGAGCUCUGGGCUGUGGCUCACUCUAAGAUCUUGGAGUCUGACACCUUAGCCACCUUGGGGGACAGCAAGGACAGCCCAUAUCUGGACACCAUGAUACUCCGGAUGGAGGAAAUGGAAAAAUACCAGGAGACAGUUCGCCAAAGAUAUAAUAAAAUUGUAUAUACUGAUCCUCAUCUUUGGAUGCAGGAAGAAAAAAAUGACCGGGAAGUCCCAGCAGUAAGUGAAAGGCCUCUUUCUCCUCAUCCAAUCAGGAUCACGAAGACAGCAGCUCGCAAAGACCCGGACGUGAACAUCGUGUUGGAGAGGCCCUGCAACGGCACUUCCCUGGAUGAAAGUGUGGGAACAGAGGAGAGAUCGGAGAAAAGAGAGGCUCCCCUUCUCUCCCUUUCAGAAGAUGCUCGGCAGAAGGAAGGCCGGGCCGCCCUCUCCGUGCCCCCGGGCAUGCGGCGCAGCAUCCGUGACUACUGCGGCCGCUUCGACCAGUACCUCCGGCUGAUGGCGCACGAGGCCAUGGGCUCCUUCAACCCGUGGCUGAUAGCGGAAAGCUUUUCAGAUGAGCUGGUAGAUGAGGCUCUGGGGGCCGUGGCUGCCGAACUUCAGGAUGUGUGUGAAGACUACGCGGAAGCCGUGUUCACCUCGGAAUUCUUGGAGGCCGCCACAUGAAGGUUCUCCAGGGAAGGGCCCCUUAUGUCACCCUGAAGAAGGGACGGCACCAACCUUUGUUUUAGCCACAGGAAAUCUUUAUCCUCAGCUGUCCAUCCAGCCCCAGAAAGUGCUGCCCACUGAAGGAAGGAAAAGCCAGUGAGGUCAUCCCACUUUGCAUCUUCUCAUGGUCAAAGCAAUGGCUCUGAGAGUUUACGAAGGACUGUGUUCUAUUUUAUCAGUGCCCAGGAAAUGUGAAUCGAUUAUGACAAUAUAUUUUCUGAAUGUAUAGUUUUCCUGUUGAAAUACCAUGUUCAUUCCACUGACUGGUGAUUAGACUGUUUUGAAAGUCAAUAGAUAAGUGUAUUUCAUGUAGAGAUUCAGUGCAGUUCCUCUCUGGUCCCAUCACCUGGCUUGUGUGUCCUCCUUCGGCCGGUUCCUAUCAGGACGCCUGUCCUUCCAGGUUACAGACUUGCGUCGAGCACAGGGCUUAGUGAUGCCGCCAGUCCUCUGCUCUGUUGUGGCUGGUUGAAAUCGGAACCCACAGUUACCAGUGCACAGCAGCGAACGCACAUGUCGCUAAUUCUCAGUUCCUAGGUGCUUCUUCACAUUUUUAGUUCCUCGUGUCUUUUAUUGCUGUGGGAUGACAUUUUGAUUUACAGAGCUGUGUGUGAAAUCAGAGGAAGUCUGAGGACAUUGGAGAGGUCCAGCCUUCUCUGUGGCCUGGUUGGAGGCACAGAGCUCACUUCCCUCUCUGCUGAGAUCAUGAGUUUCUGCUUCCACACCAAAAAGGAACCUGCCGGGGAGGAGGGAGCAGAUCUGGAUGGCGUGAAGAGCAUGGAGUCUCCCCCAAGAAAGGAAGAAACCGAAGAACCACAGUAGCCUGGUCCUGGAACAUCUUACAGGUCAUGUUUACCAAGAGAAAAGCCUCCGUGUUUUCCGAAACUCUGAACUCAGAAAAAGCAAAGGCAUGUGUAUGUAAUGAGGCCACUGCCUGGAGAAGUUUCCCUCCCUUUUUUUGCCUGCGGCUUGGUGAAUGGGACGUGGAGGCCGCGUGGCGGAAGGAACACCCCACGGGAUAAUGUGAAUCUUUUUACAGCACAGACAGUGUUGUCAGUGGGGAUUCUUCUCCGAAGUACAAGUAUUUCAGGUGAUAACUUAAGCUGCUUGAUCGCACUUACUUGUGCAAAAUUGAUUUUCGUUUAAUGUAAUGUUGUUCUGCUUAAUUUUCUAUAACCUCAGAAUUUAAAAGGCUUCAAGGGAAAUUAAAGGUCUUUAAUCUGAGGAGUUACAUAUGUACACUUGAACUGAUAGGAGUGUCUGUCGUUGGUAACUUAUUUUGUGUGGCAGUUUUUACUGUGCUGAUUUUUUUAAAUAAACCCAGUAUUUUAAAGUA